AUGACCACCCACGUCGUCUCCCUCGCUAGUUUCCUCCCGUAUACCGUCGAUUUCCACGAGUCCAAGUCCAACCCCCCAAGCCCGCCAGACGCCGCUCCCCCGAAGCUGAGCGAGACCGCCCGCGAGUCCUCCGCUACUAGUAUAGCCAAAUCGCGGCCCGUCAGCAAGAAUGCAGCUGAGGAGCAGACCCCGAGCCUCCUUAAGCGGGCGCCGCCGACACACAUCCAGCUGCCCAAGACGCCCAUGCGUAUGACGGAGCAUGAGGACUUCUUCACGCCCGGCCAGCCCAGCGCGGCCACGCACUUCCCCAAGCCAGCAGACCCCCGGGGCCUGGUACGUAGCGAUGCCCAUGUCCCCGAAUGGGGUACUACCGGUCUCUUCUUCAACCAGCCCAUGUCCAGGGCCGAGCCAGCGCCCCCCGACACCAUCCUCGAAUACGCAAAGGCGCAGGAGCGGGCGCAGGCCCAGAAGGAGCGCAUGAAGGGCUCUCACGCCGGCAAGCCUACAACGGACCCGCGAUGGGCCACCGAGUACUCCGUCGUGCCAGCUGUCCAGGGCAACGGCGGCCUGACCAACGCGCUGCGCUGUGCCGUGGACAACAAAUGUAUUAGUGACACCAUCACUGUCGGCUUGAUCGGAUUCCCCACAGACAGCUUGAACGAGGAGAAGAAGACGGAGAUCUACGAGAAGCUUGAGGAGGAGCAGGACGCGCUCACCGUCUUCGUCAGCGAUAAGGACUUCGAUGGCCACUAUGCGCACUACUGCAAGACCAUCCUGUGGCCAGUCUUCCACUACAUCAUCCCCGACCACCCCAAGAGCAAGGCUUUCCUCGACCACUCAUGGGUCUUCUACGUCAAGGUCAACCAGGCCUUUGCCGACAAGGUCGUCAAGAACUACAAGCGCGGAGAUGUCAUCUGGAUCCACGACUACCACCUGUGUCUGGUCCCACAGAUGAUCCGCGAGAAGCUUCCAGAUGCACAGAUCGGCUUCUUCCUCCACACUGCGUUCCCCUCCUCCGAAGUCUUCCGCUGCUUGGCCGCGCGGAAGGAGCUGCUCAACGGCAUGCUCGGGGCGAACCUAGUCGCUUUCCAGACACCAGAGUAUUCCCACCACUUCCUGCAGACGUGCAGUCGAAUUCUCUCCGUCGAGGCUACUGAGGACGGUGUCCAACUUGAGAACCGCUUCGUCAACGUACACUCAUCGCCUAUCGGCAUUGAUCCUCGCGCUCUCGCCCUGGCCCGCGAGGAACCUGAGGUGCUAGAGUGGAUUCAGACCAUGCAGAAGCGGUACGAGGGCAAGAAGGUCAUCGUUGCUCGCGACAAGCUCGACAACAUCCGUGGUGUCAGGCAGAAGCUGUUAGCGUUCGAGUUGUUCCUCAACAAGAACCCCGAGUGGAAAGACAAGGUUGUUAUGAUCCAAGUCGCCACAUCUACCACCGAAGACACUGAACUCGCUGCAACCGUCUCAGAGAUCGUCACUCGCAUCGACGCGGUUCACUCAACCUUGACGCAUAACCCUCUCGUCUUCCUGAGGCAGGAUAUCGCUUUUUCGCAAUAUCUCGCGCUUCUUUCCAUUGCCGAUGCCCUCGCGAUUACCAGUCUUCGUGAAGGCAUGAACCUUACUUGCCACGAAUUCGUCAUCUGCCAGGACGGUCGCGCGAGUCCAAAGAAGCACGGUCCUGUCAUCCUCAGUGAGUUCACCGGAAGUGCUUCAGUCUUCCAAGGUGCCGACUUGGCUGUGAACCCCUGGGACUACAACAGCAUCGCACAAGCGUUCAAGGUCGCCUUGGAGAUGACUGAUUCCGAAAAGGAACGCAGAUAUACCAAGUUGCGCGAUACGGUUAUGCACCAGACUGGCGACUUCUGGGUUAACAACCUCAGCUGCCAUCUCUCAAAGGUCCACGAGGAGCAGUUCAAGCGCGACACCAUGUCCAUUCCCCGUCUUUCGUCCAGCAAUCUUGCGCGUACCUACCAGGCAUCUCAGCGACGACUCUUUGUACUCGACUACGAAGGCACCCUCGCAUCCUACGGAUCUGUUAACAACACCGUCCUGGCGAACACCGAGCGUGUCAUUGUCGUGCUGAACGACCUUGUUGCUGAUGACAAGAAUGAUGUUUACGUCAUGACUGGACGUACUGUUCGAGAGACUGAGCUCAUCUUUAACCGCGUGCGAGGUCUCGGUCUCAUCGCGGAGAACGGUUGCUUCUUGCGCGAACCCAGCGCGAAAGAAUGGAUACAAUUUCCCGACGAGGAGAAGACUGUGAAAUGGAAGGACUCCGUCAAGCCCAUCUUGCAGUACUAUCUCGAGCGUGUCGAGGGCAGCUGGGUUGAAGAGCGCCACUGCUCCAUGAUCUUCCACUACAGAGCGCCCAACGACAAGGAUGACUCCGCAAGCCGACAUGCUGGUGACUGCGCUAAUCACAUUAACGAUGCAUGCGAGCAGCAGCGCAUAAAGGCGGUUCCCACCAAGGACUCAGUUGUCAUCGAGCCGAUCGACUUUGACAAGGCCUCCGCUUCACAAUACAUCUUCAGCAAGUACCCUGAGAAGGGUCGACCUGACUUUGUGUUUGCCGCUGGAAACGACCGAAGUGACGAGGGUGUGUUCCGCUGGGCAGAGCAGCUGAAGGAGGAAUGGAAGGUUCCCAAUGUUCAGACCGUCACCGUCGGUGACCGCAACUCAAUCGCCAUGUCGACAUUGCCCAACGGCGCAACCGGUCUUCUCGGCGCCCUGAGCAAACUCGCGAAGAACCCUCGUACACCUUGA